UUGUAAUAAAAAAAAACUUAAACCAAUACAAAAAGAGUUAUCAUUUGGAUCCGAAAAAGGAGAAGAAGAAGAAACAACCAGUUUUAUGGACUUGAUAACAAGUAGUCAUAUGUCAUCACAUAGUAGAAGUCGAACUAGUACAGGAAGAAGACAUCGUUCAUCCAAAGCAAGUUUCAGAAGAUUUCAAUUCGGCGCAUCGAAAAGGAGGAGCUCGGUAUCCCGACCAUCAACAGACAUAACAUAUUUGAACACAUUACCCGAUUUCAGGGCAGUAUUACCCCCUGAACAUAUUCCUGUAUCCGUAUUUUAUAAGAAUAAUAAAAUUAUUGAUGAAAUUUUGAAAGAUGAACAUGAAUUUGACUAUUUGUCUGGAAUCAGUAAACUAGAAAAUGAAAAUGACAUCGUGGUGAAACCAAGUAUAAUAAAAUUUAAUAAAAUUUUUGUACACAAUAACAGUCCACUACCCAUACAGUGCACGUUGAUAGAUCUUAUUUAUAUUGAUUUGGCUGAAAGUAAUCCCUUCCAGAUAGAAAUAAACAAUAAGUUACAAUCACUUUAUCGAUAUAUGUCUUUUCCAAUGAAAGUGGUAUUUCAACCAAAAGAAAUAAAAACAAUCCAAGCAACAAUCAUAUUUCACACUGUGCGUCCAGAUUGUAAGAAGAAAAAAUUUGAAAUAAAUAUUGAAUGCAGGCCAAUAUUUAAUGAUUUAAUCAUUAACCCAACUACUGUAAAAUUUGAAGAUACUCCAUUUUGGAAAUUUGAUAAGAUUUCAUUAAAGAAAUAUAUAACUUUGAAGAACAAUUUUUCCAAGACACUCUAUAUUCGUAUCGCACGUUACCAACGAAAUACUGAUAGAGCGAGAAGCAGCGUUUCACAAACAAUUUUAGAUGUAGCUCCCGAAUUCGAAUGUUUUACUGUGACAAUUAAAGCAGAAAUAAGUUGCUCUGGGUAUAAAUUUGAGUUUAGUAAACCACAUGUUGAUUUUAAAAUAUGUAUAAUAAAUUUUGGUAACUAUCAAGAUAAUAUUAGCGUUAUAAAUAAAUCAAAUACUCUGUUGAAAUGUAUUGUAAAAGUACCAAAAUCUAUGAAAGACUUUAUGAGUGUAUUUCCAGUCGAAGGUUUUAUAUUGGCUAAAUCAACACAAAUUUUUUAUUUACGCUUUUCUCCAGGGCAUGAUUUAGAAAGUAGUCGUUAUUAUAAUUCCAUAUUACAUCUACUAAAUUUCCCACUAAAAAUGUGUAUUUCAAGUUCAGAAUACAAAGAUUUAAAACCACCAAAAAUUCCGAUAUAUGCUGUGAUUUACAUUCCCUCAAUUCAAAUAGAAAUUAAUAAUGAAGACGCGAAAGUACCAACUGGUGAAGACUCCAGAAGUUCUUAUGACAAGCCCGGGGGUAUUGAUAUGACUGUAGCUUAUUUUAAAAGCUAUAUCAUAAAUCCUUUAUUUGAAUUUGAUUAUCAAUAUAUUCGAACUAGAUGUACACCAUGCGGAAGUUUUUCAUUAUCCAUAAUUCACUUACGCUUGAAUGAAUCAACUCAAAGAUGUUUGAAACGAAAAAGUAAAAAUUUACAAGGCACUUUUAUGCUAAAUACAGAUUCUGAGGAAAUUCAAGCACAACCUAGAUUAGGUACAUUAAACAGUGAAACCAAGAGUAUUAAAAUUGUAAUCCAAUGCAGUCCAAAAGUACCAAGUGAUUUGUAUAAAGAAGUCGCAAAGCAAUUCAAACAAGGUUCACCCAGAGAAAAGAAACAGCCUACUACUAUGCAACCUCGUUUUGAUGUGGUUCAAAGUGUAUGGCAAUAUUUAAAGCCAUAUACGCUUGAUGUAACAGUUAGAUGUCAGCUCAAAUAUACACAUAUACCCCAUGAAGAGAUGUUAAUGUGUCGUGUUGUAUGCCCCGUGAUUAAACCUAAUUUUAUUUUAUCUAAUUUAACAUCACAAAAAAUUGUGUUUGGUGGACAACCAAUUGGAUUACAAUCACAUAUAACUGUGCUUGCUAAAAAUAUAACAAUGCGCAAAAUUACUCUCACUAUUCCACAUUUAAACCCGAAAGGCCCAUUCAGAUGUAAUAUAUCACCAUUAGGAUUGACUUUAUUGCCGUUUGAAGAAAGGAAGUUUCAGAUAUCUUUUGAGCCGAUUACAAAUACUCAUUAUUAUGAAUACAUCGAAAUACAAUCCGAACUCACAUUAGUUCCAUUGGCUUUAAUUGGAUAUGGAAUAGCUCAUAAUAUUAGUUGGACUAGCACAUUAAUCCAUCGUGGAACCUACAAUAAUCAUCAAGUUACACCAGCUAAAGCGGUUUUUGAGAUACGAAAUUUUAUGGAAUGCGACAUUCCUAUUACAAUUGAUGUGGGUCUUCGAUUAAAAGGUUUUAUACCAUCUGAUAAAAAUCGGCAAAAUAAAGCUAACAUACAAGCAUCUAAACCUGGUAAACUUUCAACUCAGAAAUUUACCGAAAUAGAAGAAAAAUCCAUAUCAAAUUUUGAAACUAGUUUCCGUGAAUAUUUCACUCAUCGUGUUUAUGGAGUACAACAAAAUAAUUUUACAAUAAAAGCAAAAUCAAAAGCUGCCAUAGUCGUGACAUUCGAAAAGCCCUCAGCGAGUGGUUCACUUACUUCGUACAGCAAAUUACACUUCUCACAAACCAGGCUAAUAACUACUAACGCACAUUUAAUAAAAUAUAAUUUAUUGAUGGGUAAAAAAUUCCUAACAGAUUUUAUUUAUCUUGUAAAUGUUAAAAAUUAA